AUGGAGCACGGUGCAGCACCAGAAUCAAGAUAUGGUUGGACGAGGGUGGAGCCUCGACAGUGUGCGAAAACCUUGCCACAUACUUGCCCGUUGGCCCCGCAAUUGCUCAAGGAUAGGUAUUUGCGGUCUUGGUGGCUUGCUUUCGUUGGGCGCUAUCCCACAGGACAGUCCAGCGAAGAGCUUUCAAUUCCCACACUUGUGCCCAAGUCGGACAUAGCGGGCUGCUGUCGCCGGGAGCUAGUCCACAGGACUGGACGGCAAACAAGACUGUCUGCUCAUGGCUCCGAGGACAACGAAUUGAGGGACACAAACGGCGGUGAUCGGCGACAGAUGGUUGAUGGCAAUCAGCAGAGACCUUUGGUGGUGGACACCUCGUGA